GGUUGAUGUGAUAUGUGCCUGGUAGCAGUGUUUAGGAUCAGUAACCAUCUCGACUCACUGAAAGACAGACAAUUGCAAUAGCUAAUUAUGUCUGAAGGAAUAGUCUAUGCUGAUGUAAAGUUCAAAAAGCAACAAAGGACUGAAGGAAAAAAUUGUGCAACAGCAUUCACAGUGAAUGAUACCACACACUCUGAAAUCUCCAUUUCCAGAACCGGAUGCAACCAGCCAUCUAUCGACCCUAAUGCUGGUGACCCUGAUUCUCAGGAGGGGUCAAAGGUCAAACCAAGUGGAUAUGACCCUGUCAGAGUUGUUCUGGUGACUCUCUGUGUUCUUCUGAUGGGUGCUGUCAUUGGACUUGGGGUUCUCUUUUUGAAACAUAAUGAAGAAUUGAUUAAGCAGAGAACUUGCUGUACAAUCACAGAGCAUGAGCGUCCAAUGUGUGCUCAUGAUUGGAUGUGUCAGGGGAAAAAGUGCUAUUAUUUUUCCAAUGAUAGUCUGACCUGGGUUGAGAGUCAGGGCAAAUGUGUCUCCAUGGGAGGACAGCUGGUCAUCAUAGACAGCCAUUAUGAGCAGACAAUCUUAGAUAAGAAAGUUGGUGCUAUAAUGAGUCAUGGUGAAGACAAGUUCUGGAUCGGACUGACAGACCAAAAAGAAGAGGGAAAGUGGUUAUGGGUGGACGACACACCUCUUGAAUCAAAUAACAGCUUCUGGUUUGUUUCCCAAAAUGGCAAGAAAGAGCCUGACAACUGGCAAGGAGACAAGGAAAUAAAAAAUCCAGACGGUGAAGACUGUGCUAGAAUGGGAGAAAAACAUGGUACUCAUAAUGGCAAGAGUUGGUUUGAUGUCAACUGUGGUUGGUCUCACAGAAGAAUAUGUGAGAAAAUGCUAUUCUGAAAUGUCAUUUUUGUCCCCCCCAGUUUUAUCAUUGGAAUGUGAUACAAAACACGCAAUGGUGUGCUUUAGGACCAUGCGGA